CAAAUGGAGUUAGUUUCAAGGAACUAGGUGUGCUUCUGGAUUGAUGAGAAAAGAGAAUUUCUGUACCGACCUAUUUGGUACAAUAUGCCUCCAACUCUUUUACAGAAACUUUUUAAUAAGAGAAAUGCCUUUUCGCCACCUCCCAAGUGCAGUAAGGAAGAUCCUUCCUUCAGCUGGCCUGCGCCGGAGCUGGAGCCCAGCCAGAUCCGACUGAUAGUGUAUCAGGACUGCGAGCGGCGCGGGAGAAAUGUCCUCUUCGACUCGAACACCAAAAAGAGGAGCGCGGAGGAGCCCCAGGUGUCGAAAAUGUGUGGGGAGGCCCAGGUAAAGGUGUUUGGGAAAUGCUGCCAGCUGAGGCCCACAGGAAGCUCGUCUUCGCUGGACAGCUCGUCCUCUUGCACGUCUGAGCCGCGGGAACAAGGCCUGCGUUUCCAGGGCUCUCGCUGUUCAUCCGAUGCCAACAUGUUGGGCGAGAUGAUGUUUGGCUCGGUAGCCAUGAGCUAUAAAGGCUCCACAUUGAAAAUCCAUCAGAUCCGGUCUCCACCACAGCUCAUGUUGAGUAAAGUGUUCACCGCACGGACAGGGGGCAGCGUAUAUGGAAGCCUCAACACAUUGCAGGACAGCUUGGAGUACAUCGGCCAGGACACGAAUGCUCUACGAGUGGACCACAACACCGUCACAAGUGGCUUUCUGGGAAACAUAGGUUUCUCUCAGCUCUGCAGCCCGCGGAGGGCACUCUCAGAGCAGGGCCCUCUACGUCUGAUCAAGAGUGCUUCUUUUUUUUCAGGCCACAGCAACCCCAUGGACAUGCCUGGCAGAGGGCUGUACGAUGAGCGAGACAGUGGUAUUGCUCGAUCAGCAUCUCUGAGCAGUCUGUUGAUCACACCAUUCCCCUCGCCGGGCUCGUCCCUUACCAGCAGUUGUGCCAGCAGCUACCAGAGGCGGUGGCUACGCAGCCAGACCACCAGCCUAGAGAACGGAGUCUUCCCAAGAUGGUCUGUGGAGGAGAGCUUCAACAUGUCGGACGAGAGCGGUGGCCCAAACCUCGGCGUGACCCGGAAGAAGAAGAUUGCCAUCGGGGUCAUCUUUUUGCUCUCGCCCAAUGAGCAGGAGAACGGCAGAUUCCAGGAGUUCUUUUUCUCCCACUUCCCGCUCUUCGAGAGCCACAUGAACAAGCUCAAAAGUGCCAUCGAACAGGCUAUGAAACUGAGCAGGCGCUCAGCCGACGCAACUCAAAGGGUACUAGCCUAUAGUCGAAUGGUGGAUGGACUCAAUGAGUUUCGGACGACCAUCUGUAACCUGUACACCAUGCCCCGCGUCCCUGAACCCGUCUGGCUCGCCAUGAUGUCUGGCACACCAGAGAAGAAUCAGCUGUGCAACCAGUUCAUGCGGGAGCUGGCCAUACUGAUGGAGCAGGCCUCUAAAAAUCAAUUCCUUCCUGCCCUGAUCACAGCCGUGUUGACCAAUCACCUGGCGUGGGUGCCGACAGUCAUGCCCAACGGCCAGCCACCCAUUAAGAUCUUCCUGGAGAAGCAUUCAUCUCAGAGUGUGGACAUGCUGGCCAAAACACACCCCUAUAAUCCACUGUGGGCCCAGCUUGGUGACCUGUAUGGGGCCAUCGGCUCUCCGGUGCGGCUAUCGCGGACGGUGGUGGUGGGCCGGCGGCAGGAGCUGGUGCAGCGGCUGCUCUACGUGCUCACCUACUUCAUCCGCUGCUCGGAGCUGCUGGAGACUCACAUGCUGGACAGUGUGGAGGACGAGGCCAUCGUCAUGCCCGGCUCGCUCAUCACCACCUCGCUGCGGCGGGGCGAGGUGGAGGAGUCCGACUACGUGCUGGUCACCGUACACAAGCCCAGCGGCGACUACCUCUCGCAGAGUGUGACGGCGGCGGGAGCGCCGGGCGAGACUCCCGAGGCCGGCAGCUACCUGUCGGACACGAACAGCAUGCAGAGCAGCACUUACACGGACACGGACACGUGCCCAGGGCCGGACGACGAGCCCGCGGAGGGGUCGCAGAGCAGCGGCGUCGCUGUCACGCAAACGCCGUCUGCUGCCGCACAGGCGAACGCGCACACGUUCGGCACGGUGCCCGUCAUCCGCACCGAGGACGUCAGCGAGCCCACGUCGUCGUGCAAAGAGACGGGGAGCCCGCGCAUGGAGGCUCGGUUGGAGACGGUGGUGUGCGUGGGCUCCACCUCUCCCAGGGAGCAGCCACUCAUGCUGGGCCCGGAGAGAAACGAGCAGGCCGGGGUGGAGACUGGGGUCAAGGCCGAUCUGGACACCCCUCUCGUCCAAGUGGAGCCUCCGACGGGCGGCAUCGGCAUCACGUUCAUUCGCCGGUCAGGGAUUCCGCUCGAGAAAAAGCCUCCGGAUAAGACCCUGGUGGCGCCGUACUUGUCGGACGAGGAGGAGCCGGCCACCAAAGUCACGUUUCUCAUCGGCGACUCCAUGUCCCCGGAGUCGGACACGGAGAGCAGGCAGAGGAAGCUGGAGGAGGAGCUGAAGAAACACAAGAAGCAGCUCAAGGAGCAAGAGCAGAAGCAGCUGCAGCUGCAGCAGCAGCAACAACAUCAACAACAUCAACAGCAGCUGCAACAGCAGCAGCAGCAUAAGGUGAGCACCGAGCAGAGGACUGAACCCAAGUCGAAUACAGUGGACCAAACCAAGACCAACGAGGGCAAGGACCCAGCCCCACCCCCACCCCCACUCCCACGCAUCUCCAGUAAAAUGCCCAAAUGGAGCCCAGCUCCAGAAGAGUGCAUGGACUUGUUUGAUGAGUAUUUCAGCGACGACAACCCGGUCGAGACACGGACUAUUGACGACUUGUCCAAAAAGCAGGAGACCGUUAGCGAGCCGCAGCCGAACCAGUCGGUAACCAGGAGUAUUGACCUGUCCGAAGGGCAGAGCUGCAAAGACACGAGAGACAACAGCGGUAGCUCGCACAAUGCUAACUGUAGUACAGGCUCCUGUAGAUGCUCUCCUGCUGAGCAGGACAAAGGCAUCAUCAUUUCCGUUACUGUCCCCCAAGGGGACACCAACAGCGGGGACCUGAAGAAGGUGGCUCCAGUCAAUGACUGGGAGAUUCCACGGAACGAGAGCUCGGACAGUGCACUUGGGGACAGUGAGAGUGAGGACACGGGGCAGGAGCUUCAGCUACCGCGGCACGAGGAGCCGUACUACAGGGACGAUCAGGAGGAGUGGCAGGACGAGGUGGAGGUUCCAUUCCCAGGGGAAAAGCUGAUGGAAAACUUCUCUAAGCCAAAUGUAGCAAACUUCGGGAGAUCCCUGUUUGGAGGAUACUGUCCAACAUAUAUUCCGGACUUUGUGUUACAUGGGACACCAAAUGAUGAGAAGCUCAAACAGACUCUCAUGUCUGACCUGGCACAUACUGUGCAGCAUCCGGUACUGGAUGAGCCCAUUGCAGAGGCCGUUUGCAUUAUAGCAGACACGGAGAAGUGGACGGUACAGUUGGCCAGCAGUCAAAGGCGACAGACGGACACCAAACUGGGGAAGGAGGUGCUGGUGUCCAACCUCGUGUCCAAUCUCCUGCAGUCCACUUAUCAGCUGUAUAAACUCAACUUGUCUCCGAACUUUUGCAUCAUGCAUUUGGAGGACCGGCUUCAGGAGCUGUACUUCAAGAGCAGGAUGCUGGCAGAAUACCUGAAGGGCCAAACCAGAGUGCAUGUCAAAGAACUUGGAGUGGUUUUAGGAAUCGAGUCCAGUGACCUUCCCCUGUUGGCGGCAGUAGCAAGCACUCACUCCCCAUACGUGGCUCAAAUCCUGCUGUAGAGCCCACACAGCGAACAGACGUCAGUGGAGAACUUUGUGGAGCAGCAGGAACGUGUGUUUCUCUUUAUCCUGUUUAUCCACAAUUCAGCCACAAAUAAACAGACUGUGGGACCCACUGAGGGCCACUUGAACUCUGUGGGUUGUGCCCAGGGUCUUGGAAAGGCCAAGGACCAGCUGCCUGCAAUGGAGACAAUCUGCCACAUGGGGGCAACAGAGGUCACUGCACCCAGUGAUUGCUAGAUUGACUAUCACCACAGGUACUCUCAUGAACUGUUUCCUUGUUUUGUUUGACCUUUUUUUUUUUUAAUCUGUUUACGUCUGUACCUGUUUAUUUCUUUUCACAAAGAAGACUAGAAAGCCAAAGAGAAGUUGUCAAAGACAUUUAUCUCUAAACGAGGAAGGGACAAAGUGACUACUUCCACCUCAGUGCACCUUUUGAUAUAGAAAUGGUAGUAGUCCUUGUUGCACAAAAAUAAUAAUAGGAUGUUUUAAAUCACGGUAAAAUACAAGUUGUCGUUUGCUCAAUUAUGUCUUUAUGUUAUCAAUGGAAAUGUCCUGCAAUGCCUGGCAUGCCUAUUUUAUUUUUCAAUGUUUGUCAUUGUGGAUUUUGACAGCAAAUUGUAUAUUACUAGUCUUCACAUUAUCCAGUUGGUUCAGCACUACCUCAAACAAAUGUGAGGAUUCACAGCUGUAUUUUUAAUGACCCCAAAAAUAUUAAGGCCCUGAUCAGUUUUUACCAGUGUAAUGGCAAACUAAGGCUUGUCAAAUCCUUUGCUGUUUCUCAAAAGUAGGGUCAUGCUCCAGGUGUACUCCUAAAAAUCACUUAAUUCUGAAUGCCAUUGAUUCAAGUAACAUAUAUAUUUCAAAGUGAAAUGCUGAACUAUUUUCACACUAUACAAUUUAUACAGCUUUGCCACAUUGUUUACUGCUGAAAGGCAUGUGUUAUAAAGAUAAUACAAGGAAUACUAGUCAGUUAUUAUGCUAUUAUUAGACGGCAAGAACUUUUGAGAAAUAAUGACAUGUUAAUUUUAUAAAAUUGUAAAGGUAACUGAAAUUUGUGGAUGAAGACAUUUAUUUUUUACAAAUAUUUUUAAUGUCUGUUAGUAAAUUCAUGAAUUAUUUUUGUCUUGAGGUGUUGCUCCUCAGAGUCUUAAUGGACAUGUAGCAUAAGAUGGAAUGAAGGUGUCUGGGAAAUGUUCUUUUCUUGGUUAUAAUGCAUUGGUUGGCUCUCAGUGUAUGAUGUUUGGCUUCUGCAAAUGACAUGAAAUUCAUUGCUUUUGUAAAACACCCAUUUGCAUUUGUUUAAUGUAUUUAUAUCUACAUACAUUCUUUAUACAUGAAUUCAGUUAAAUUAUUUAGAAUGGUGUGUACUGGUUUAUGUACAUUGUAUAUAUUGUUUUCAGUUUGUUCCCAUUUAUUUGUACAUAAUGUCUUUCAAUAUUGGAUUAUUUUUCUGUAAUUAUCCUUUCCCAAUUUUCUGGGAAUGUUGUGCAAUAAAACAUGCCAUUAUAAUACA